UGGUUUCACUGUAGAUAGGUCGCGGCGCGGUGGCAAGGCAACGAUGACGACGUCUCUCGUUGUUGGCCCUAUCUUCGCCGUUUGACGCCCAGUCUGGUUCUGGUUACAAACUCAAACGGCUAUUAUUGCGCGUGAUAAAAUGGACAGCGGCAGCGCAACAACCAGUGAAGCGCGAAUACAAAACCGGAUUCGCCCACAUCGUCAGUCUGUGCGGUGGAGAUCACGAGAAUGGCUGCUAGUAGUGAGGUGACAGUUCUGGCGAGUAGUGAAUCGAACGAUGAGGGAACCAAACUGCUGGCGAUUUUUGUGCUUGGAGUGGGCAGCUUGGUGUGCGGAUUGAUACCGGUGUACUGGACCAAGCAGCAUAGCCGGCCCACCCUGAUAACGUUGUUGCUGUGCUUCGGAGCGGGCGUUCUGUUGGCCACCGCUCUGGUCCAUAUGUUGCCCGAGGUACGGCUGCUGCUGCCCAAAUACGCCGAGGUGAUAUUCUGUGCCGGCUAUUUUCUAAUCUAUGCUGUGGAGGAGUUGGUGCAUCUCUGCCCGAGUGGCGGAGCAGGAGCUAGCGGUGGUGGUUUUCGGUGUAGACUAUUCAAUUGCUGCAGCGGGGAGUCCGUUUCGCUGAUUAGCAGAAGCAAUUCGAUUAGUGCAACUCACACGGAUAUCGAACAAUCCACCGCUCCCCCAUCCGACCCCAGUCCAGACCAGCAUGCUUCAACCGGAACCUUCAGCCUGCUGUUGGCUCUAUGUGUCCAUUCGCUGCUCGAGGGCCUAGCCAUCGGCGUUCAGAACUCAUCUGCCAAAGUGCUGCUGCUGCUGGGAGCCGUCAGUGCACACAAAUUUGUGGUCGCCUUCUGUCUGGGAGUGGAAGUAAGCUCUCACCAGUUGCAGCAGGGUGGCCGCCGCCAAUCCAGCAUGGUGCAGAUUGUGAUCUUUUCGCUGGGCUCGGUUUGCGGUAUCGCCAUCGGAAUGGCACUGGAUGGAUUGGACGAUACUUUUAACAGAGUGGUGAUACCGGUACUGCAAGCUGUUGCCGGCGGGACACUGCUGUAUGUGACGGUCAGCGAGGUGCUACCGCGAGAACGGAGCAAACGGAAGCCGGGAGCUGUGGUUGGAGCUUGGCAGUUGCUUGCGGUGAUCGCCGGAUUCAUUGUGAUGACUUUCUUGAGCAUGGUUAUAACGGAACAAUAAAUGUAGCU